GUCUAUCCCCGCCUGCGGUGCUGCGGUGCCGGCGGGCCGUGGCUCCCUCGCCCCGUUGGGGGUUGAAACGUCUGGAUCCUGACUGUCUCGGGCCGGGCUGGAGCUGAGCCGGUGCGGCGGCCGCGCGCUGGGCGAGUGGGGACGGGGUGCAGGGUCGCCCCGGGUCCUGGGGCUCCUGCACCCACAUCUCUGGCAGAUUCUGUCAGUGAUACUUGGCAUCAGGUAGGAAGAUGGAGCCCCUCUGCUGCUUUGGUGAUUUUCGGUCAUAGAUCUCGCUUUGCCUCCCUCUUCUCUUGGGAGCCACAACAUAGAGAAGAUUGCUGUGCUUUUAGGACCCGACUAGUCUGGCCUGACAACAGUGGGAACCAAGUGUCUACCAUCACAAGGAGAUCUCUGCCCUCGGGGGCUGAGAGACCCCCCCAACCUUUCCCCAAGCUGAAACUGCAGGGAAUUGAGGUACCAGCCAGAUGUCUUCUCACAAGGGCUCUGUGGUGGCACAGGGAAAUGGGGCUCCUGCCAGCACCAGGGAAACUGACACCGUAGAACUGGCUGAACUGGGACCCUUGCUAGAAGAGAAGGGCAAACAACGGGCAGUCACCAACCCAACCAAAGCUGAAGAAGAGCAAGCAUGCCCAGUUCCCCAGGAAGAGGAGGAGGAGGUGCGGGUGCUGACACUACCCCUGCAAGCCCACCAUGCCAUGGAGAAGAUGGAAGAGUUUGUCUAUAAGGUCUGGGAGGGCCGCUGGAGGGUCAUCCCAUAUGAUGUGCUCCCUGACUGGCUGAAGGACAAUGACUACCUGCUACACGGCCAUCGGCCUCCCAUGCCCUCCUUCCGGGCCUGUUUCAAGAGCAUCUUCCGAAUCCAUACAGAAACUGGCAACAUCUGGACCCAUCUGCUUGGUUUUGUGCUGUUUCUCUUCUUGGGAAUCUUGACCAUGCUCCGACCAAAUAUGUACUUCAUGGCUCCUCUACAGGAGAAGGUGGUUUUUGGGAUGUUCUUUUUGGGUGCAGUACUCUGCCUCAGCUUCUCCUGGCUCUUCCACACCGUCUACUGUCACUCAGAAAAAGUUUCUCGGACGUUUUCCAAAUGGCACCCAGUUACAGGAAUACACUUCCUACCUGCAUCCUACUAUCCUGUGUGGAACUGGGGAGCCAGAGGACUGCUUUCUAAGACCAAACUGGAUUAUUCAGGGAUUGCCCUACUGAUUAUGGGGAGCUUUGUCCCCUGGCUGUACUACUCCUUCUACUGUUCCCCACAGCCACGGCUCAUCUACCUCUCCAUCGUCUGUAUCCUGGGCAUUUCUGCCAUCAUUGUGGCACAGUGGGACCGGUUUGCCACUCCUAAGCACCGACAAACAAGAGCAGGAGUAUUUCUGGGACUUGGCCUGAGUGGUGUUGUGCCCACAAUGCAUUUUACUAUCGCUGAGGGCUUUGUCAAGGCCACCACAGUUGGUCAGAUGGGCUGGUUCUUCCUCAUGGCUGUGAUGUAUAUCACCGGAGCUGGCCUUUAUGCUGCUCGAAUUCCUGAGCGCUUCUUUCCUGGAAAAUUUGAUAUAUGGUUCCAGUCGCAUCAGAUUUUCCACGUGCUGGUGGUGGCAGCAGCCUUUGUCCACUUCUAUGGGGUCUCCAACCUUCAGGAAUUCCGUUACGGCCUAGAAGGUGGCUGUACUGAUGACUCCCUUCUCUGAGCCUUCCUACCUGAGGGGUGGAGGAGGAACUUCCCAAGUGCUUUUAAAAAUAACUUCUUUGCUGAAGUGAAAGGAAAAGUCUGAGUUGUCUGUUUCUAGAAGAAACCUCUUAGAGAAAAUUCAGUACCAACUAAGCUUCAGCCCACUUUCACACCCACUGGGCAAUAAACGUUCUAUUUUUGUAGCUGAGGUGAGUCAGGAUGGUGAAACUUAACCAUCCUCCUCAGCAUCCCCCUCCUCAGCAAGGCAACUGCUGUCUGUCCCCUCACAGACAGUUACCUGAAAGCUCACGCUGAGAUUCUAUGUUUCCUCCAGCCAAGGGGGGUGGGGGGGAGGGCAGAGACUGGGGCUCUUCAGAAAUUCUGUUUCUGGAAGAAAAUGCCCCUUCCUUACCCAUACCCUUCCUUUAUAACCUGGCUUAUAACAAGCCACCCAUUUUUGUAGCACACUUUAAAAAAAAAAAAAAAAAUUACCGGUCCAAUCUUUGUAGGGCCUGGAUCUGCCACUUACAGCAAAGACAGAACAAAGUUACUGACUUUUACAUAGCCCUGCUAAUCAUGGAAGUGUGUCCAGGCUUCAAGCAACUUGAGUUUUAAUUUUUUUUUUUCUUAGCAGAGUAAUGUAAAAUUUAAAUGGGGAAAGAUAUUUAAUAUUUAAUACUAAGCUUUACAAAGAAACCUGCUAUCAUUCCUAUGUAUCUUGAUGCAAAGAGUAUGAUGAUAAUAAAAGAAAGUACAGAAGACGCUUGGUAUUUAA